GCAGCUCACAGGACUCUCAAUUUAUUUUUGGACUGCCAUGGCGCCUGUUCCUUCCAUUUGUAGGAAGGGGGGUCGAAUUGGGCUCAACAUGAACCUGACGUUCUGACACUCCAGGCUGGGACAAGCAGGCAGCAGCCGGCCGGCCGCCCCCCAAGCAGCAGCCGCACAGGGGAACCUGCCUGGAGCGAUCUGAAAAUCAGCAACAAGUUUAUACCUGGGUGCAGAAGCACUCAUGGCUGUCGCUUACGGUACUGCCAACCAGCCAGGCCUGCUUUCCCAGCAGUACCCUCCCCCUCUGCUGCCCAAGCCUGGAAAGGACAAUGUUCGGCUUCAGAAGCUCCUCAAGAGAACUGCUAAGAGAAAGGCGUCUGCUCAGGCAUCGCAAUCUGCUGCACCUUUCCGCUCCAGCCUUUCCCCUGUGAAUGAAGCAAGCCCUGACCUCGAGCACAGUGACCACUCCACACCUCCCAAGACUCCUGAGACAACACCCAGCCUCUACAGCAUCCAGCAGCCUCCACGAUUCACCGUCAGGCCACUGUAUCAACAUGUGGCAUCACCUUACCCACAGCGUGCAGCUUUUGGCCGGGUAGCUGGGAUGUCGCCUCAGACAGUUGAAAUCCCUUCAUACUCUUACUCGCAGGAUGUCACCACAGUUUCUUCGUAUUCAGUAUCCACUCAGCUUUCUGGAGUCUCAGGAGCAGUGGGGCAAGUCACCCAGCCAGCAGUACUCAAAAUAUCUCUGCCAGCUUCCUCUGUGUCUGAGGCAACAGUACCAGCUGCUGAAUUGAAAAAGCCAGCUGUUAGCACAUUUGCUGAAGCUCAUGCUGGUCUAAAACCUGCUGCAGCUAUAGCAACCCCACUGUCAAUACCAACAAGUCCAAGUCUGACACCUUAUCCAAUGGCAGGAGGUCAACCUAUGACUCGGCCUCUCACUGUGUUGACCCCGCUUGUGAAAUCCAAAAGCCCACGUCCAACAUUUAAAGCAACUGAACCCUCAAGAUCACCAAAACCGAUGUUUGAUGUCCCUCAAAUUAGGAUGUACACAGCGACCACAUCAUAUUACGAGACAUCCAGGACACCACCAGUGUAUGACACAGCUGGAUUAACUGCUAUUGGCAGCAUGGUACCUCAAAGUAAAACAGAUUUUACUCCAGCAUCUGAAGUGAGAAGAGGCACAUCACCAACAACUCAUCCUUCUUUAUUAGGCACAGAUCUCCAGAGGAAAACAACAUCUUCAGAUACUGAAAGAGACAAUGCACCAACAGCAGAAGUUAACAUAACUCCUACAUCAGAAAUAAAAAGAGCCACUCCACCAGCUGAAAUAAAAAGAGCCACUCCAACAUCUGAAAUCAAAAGAGGAACUCCAACAUCAGAAAUCAAAAGAGCCACUCCACCAUCUGAAAUCAAAAGAGGAACUCCAACAUCUGAAAUCAAAAGAGCUACUCCAACAUCUGAAGUAACUGUUAAAACACCAAUUUUUGAGUUCCAAAUAUCAAGAACUUCAGCAGGUCGGCCUAAAACACCAGCAUACCAUGUGACCAGGGCUACAACACCUGUCUUUGAAAUCUCAAGGCCUAAUCCUCUCUUGUUUGCUGUGUCGCCAAUCACGGUACAGCCAGAGAGGUCAAGAACACCCCAAACACUUCCUGCUGCAACCAGUUUACCUGCAUCCCGAAGUCUAAAGACUACAGAACCUCCUGAAGCAAUGCUGAACGGGGACAUCCACACAGACAUGACAUCUGCAGCGAAACCAACACAACAGAAUAUUACAAAGUCAAAGUCAGAGAAUGAUCUGACAAAAGGAAUGAUCCAAACUUCUCCAGUUGGCUCGCAGAGACCUAAAUCUCCGACCGCUGUGGCAGUAACAACAGCAGUGACUGGCUAUCAGAGGCCAAAGACUCCAACGUAUGAGGCAUCUCGACUUAUGACCACAUCACCUGGCUAUAAAAGACCAAAGACUCCUACAUAUGGGGCAUCACCUUUAGGUGUAUCACCUGUCGCCUUUCAGAGACCUAAAACCCCUACCCAAGUGUCUCAAAAGUCUGCCUAUCGUGGAUUGACACCAGCUGAAUAUGCUGCUCAUGGCGGAAUUAAAACUUUCUCUCCAGCAUUUGGUAUCAUAAGUUCAGUGCCACCAACUCAAGAGGAGGUUAAAACUAAAGAAGAGGUAUUAGGAGUAAGCAAAACACCUAGUCAAGAACCAACUGUGAAGGGACAAUCAUCAGUUGAUGUGUCUACAGUCAAAGAAACCCCCAAAGGUGUAGAUAAACCCCAUCAGAGAGAUGAAAAGAUUGCUGUCACCCCUUCAAUCCCCAAGAUUGUUGUUUCACAAGCAUCUGACUCAUCAGGAACAAUGUUAUCCAAGGAGACAAGUUCAACACCUGGUAAGGUUGCAAAAAAACAAGCAACAACACUGAUUAAUGAAAUACCAAAGGCCAAAUCUCCAACAGCAGAGGGGAACAUUUCAGAGAAACAUAAGGUGGAAACAGCUGUUCAAGAAACUAAACCAAAGACAAAGACUCCUGAAACCAAACGUCCUCUGCCUAAAGGUGCUGACCAAGAUCCCCUGAAGGCAGUUAAGAAACUUUUAGGCAAGGACAAGGUCCAGACCCCUGAGCAGAAAGCAAUACCUGAUACAAAAGCUGUCUCAGAACCACAAGAUCCAAUGAAAGCUAUAGAUGCUACCAAGAUUAAACCUGAAGACUCAAAGACAAGCAUUGCGGUACCUAUUAAGGAUACUGCUUCUGAAUCAGGAAUUAAAAACAAAAUGGAAGAUGAGAAAGUUGAGUCAGCUUCAGCAGUUAAAUCUUCACUUGAGACAAAGGAAGCUAACAAGACCAUGCCAGAAGUGAAGCCCCUUCUUGAAGUCAUACAAAAGCCAAAGGGAGUGAAAUCUAAAGUGAGUGGUUGGUCCCGACUCAAGAAACACAUGGUGGUGGAACAGGAGGAGCCCCAGUUUCCAGAGAUAAACUCUCAGAAGGAGGUCACUGUGCAGGACCAGACUGAGAUGAAAAAGCUAGAUGAGAAGGUGGAAGAUAAGGCCAAGGAUAAGCCAGCGGUCCAGGGCGAGAACCAAACCAAAGACACUCCCGUGGCAACAAAGAUGUGGGACGCUGUCCUCUUCCAAAUGUUUUCCUCUAAAGAGAACAUCAUGCAUCAGAUCGAGUUAAACAAAAGUGAGGAGGAGAAACUGGAAGAGACAAAGGAGCUAAAAGAAAUACCUUCAUUUGCCUACAGACUGCCUGUGCUUCUUUUUAGUCCAAAGUUUGAUGCUAAAAAGCUUAAAGAGGCAGCAUCGAGGCCGGUCACAAAAAUUUCUACUGUGUUUGAAAUGGGUCUAAUUGGGCGAAAAGGUAAAGAAGAGGAACCAAAAGACUUUAAUAGAACAGCGAGAGGGUUCACUGCUACUUAAACUAUGUCUAAUGUUAAGUGCUAAGACAAAAAUGUAAGAACCAAACAAAACAAAAAAAGAAACAAAACAAAAAUGCUAUGAUUUAUGUUUAAUGUACAGGUGCAGAAAUCUUAGCAACAUAAAUGAUGUACAGGGCUGGAGUCUUAGUCUGUGUGUAAAUGAAUGAUGUUUGUGGCAGUGUUAAAGAAAACUCGGCCUGAUCUUUAUACUUGACAAAUGCUUUGUGUGACUGGUUGUCAAUGUUAAAUGUUUGUAUUUGUGAAUUAGCUGGACAGAAAGAGCAACAUUUGCCUUAAAGUCAUUCAGACAUUACAUCAGAUUAAAGUGUUGAUGUAAUUUCA